AUGUCCACCGCCAAGCGCCUCGUGCUGAGCUGGCGCGGCAGGAAACAAUCGCACGACAGCUCGUCGGGAAAGCUCGUGGGACAUCGGGUGGGACCGGCAGAGGACUGCCACGAGCUGGACGAGAUCGCGGUGGUAUCGAACGCUGAGCACGGCCAUCUUAAAUAUGGCAGCGGGACGACGUUGUCGACGAUCAACGGACCGAGGCUUGUACCAGGAAUCAUCACAUCAGGCGGAUGCAUGGUGGGGGAACGACUGAGCAGCAGCGGUACCCACCUCAAUCUGACGUCACCAGUGCAGAGUGCCGCUCCCACUGCCCCUUCACGAAGGACCAGCACCGACAGCAUACACAGGGUACUCAAGAGCGUGUCCAGGCAAAGCCUACUAGACUUGGUGGGCUGCAAACUAGGUAUGUCAAAGCAGCCCCGCCACCUUCACCAUCAUCACCACCAAUCGCACCAGUCGUACCAACCCCCUGAAGUAGGGUACUACUCCACAUCACGAGAUAGCAUAGCCUACAUCAACCGGGCGGCCAACGUGAGUAGCGCCGCCAGCGAAUUGGACCUGUCGAGAAAAGCGCGUAGGAAAGACCUGCGCAACAGACUCAAACUUCCAACGAGCGUGCAGAUAGCCAGCUCCGGAGAGGCGCCGCUCUUGGGUGCGUGGAGAACGGCUCCGGGAUCGACGGCGGGCACUAAUCCCCCCUCCUCCAACCAUCUCAACAGCAACAGCAGCUGCAACGGUACCGAAAGUCGAUACGGUUUCAGACGAGCCGACCCUUACAGCUCGAGACUACGAGUAGGCUCCCAAAAUUGGUCUUUUGUGUUCGACCCGGCGGGACGGCUUUGCUACUACUGGUCCAUGGUGGUUUCUCUAGCGUUCCUCUACAACUUCUGGGUCAUCAUCUAUAGGUUCGCAUUCCGAGAGAUCGACGACAUCAUGUUCCAUUUCCGCACCGGGUAUCUGGAAGACGGAGUUCUGCAAACGGACUCCACCAAGUUGAGGCACCACUACAUGAACUCCACUACCUUCUACAUAGACUGCCUAUGCCUGCUGCCGUUAGAUUUUCUGUAUCUUUCGAUCGGGUUCAAUUCCAUACUCAGAUCCUUUCGUCUGGUGAAAAUCUACCGCUUCUGGGCGUUCAUGGACCGUACCGAGCGCCACACGAACUACCCGAACCUCUUCCGCUCCAGCAGCCUCAUCCACUACCUGCUCGUCAUCUUCCAUUGGAACGGCUGCCUCUUCCACAUCAUCCUCAAGAACGACGGCUUCGGCAGCAAGAACUGGGUGUACAGUGAUUCGGAAAGUACAGAUUACGUGAAAGCAUACUUGCAAAGUUACUAUUGGUGCACGCUCGCGCUGACGACGAUCGGCGAUUUGCCGAGGCCGCGAAACAAGGGCGAGUACAUGUUCGUAAUAUUUCAGUUACUGUUCGGGUUGCUACUGUUCGCGACCGUGCUCGGCCACGUGGCGAAUAUCGUUACUUCGCUGACACCUCACGACCUCAUCGAUUAUCAAAUCUCUAAACUCUCACAUGCCCUCAUCCCUUCAUCACACGUGGCCAAAGGCAAGGCAAAGGGUAGAAAGAAAGGGUCGGGGGAGGGUCACGUGAUGCCGCAUGACGCCCCCCCAUCAUGCGGCACCGUAACAGACCGUCAGCGGGGCGGAAAAUGGGAGGCAGGCAGGCAGGGAGGGUGGGAGGAUGAGGAAGGAUCCCCCUUAUCCCGAAAUAGCUGCAUCCCUCCCUCCCCGCGCGGAUCGAUGGCCCCCGCGUCGAGCUAA